AACAAAGCGGAGCAGGAAGGAAUGCGGGCGCAGUACGGGGGAAGAGGUGCUGGUGGGGGCAAGAAAAUGAAAGGCGCAGGAGGAGUUAGUGAAGUUGAUGACCGAGGAGGGUCGAAUAGUAGAGCGUCGGGGGAUCAAACUUCUUCCUCCAAAACAGAACAGCACCAGCAAGACGGCACGUUGGCCACCGAUCCAAAUCAAGACUACGCCUCGAUGUUUGCGGAGUUUGUCACGGCACAGGCGGAGGGGUUACGAAGGAACCACCUGAUACUUCACGACAGCGACUAUUUUGGCUACCUCCCGACAGACCGCGACAGCAAGAACAGCCACGAGCCCCUGUUUCAGGUUUCGGACCUCAUGCCUUUCGUCGAAGCAGUGAAUCAAUUUUCUUUGCAGGCGGUGCAAGUCCAAGAUCUGCUUGUCCUGUUGGCCCAUGGCGGGGAGGAGUGGUCUUUGCGGCAUCAGCAGAACAUCAGUCAUCAACAAACGGCGCAACAAGCAAGAACCUCCGACAGUACCGCGGCAGCGGAGUCACUCAAACAACUUUCGGACCAGAUGCGGA